UCAACUCGACGCACGGGCGACGCAGUCCGAGAGGCUCUCGGAAGCAGCGUUUUUCGCAUAAACGUUCGCGCGCGCACAAACGUCCAGUUUCUCAUUGUCCCGUCCGGGGAUCAGUGUCGCAACAGUCUUCGUAAUUGAUUUCCUCGUCGAUAUACGCGCGGCCCAACGAUACGAAGAAUAAGACGAGUUUGCUGCUGUCGGGACGCAGUGUUCGACGCCGCUGGGGACAACAACUAUGUCGCGUCGUGCCAUUUACAGAAAAACGACAAGAUCAUCGUACACGUUCCAUACGACGGCUGAUUAUGAAUGGUUAAUCAGCUUUUAGAGGGGAAUUCAAGAUUUUAUUCACACUCGUGCGCGCGCGGUGGGAGAACUGUCUCGCGGAGCAGGAACAGUGAAACAAAAAAGUGAGAAGGCGAUCCAGUCGCGAUCAGCAGCUCUGAAACUUCCUGCGACAUUUUUCCACGAACCGGGACACGUACGAUCGAUUUCCAUUUCCGCAACAAUUCGUUUAAGCCCCCCUUUAAAUUUCGACGAUCUCGUACUUUCGUUAAUUCGUCGACGACACUGGAUCCUAAAUCGAGUUGGCUUCGGAAAAAGUCGUUUGACUCGAGUCGUUUUUAAUGAGGCGUCGCCGCGUCACUCCGCCGGCUCCGGGACUGUCAAUUAUUUUUUAAAUCGACUCGGAUUUCUCGAAAUUCCGAACGGAAUUAUCGUCGUCUGAACUAUCGUCCAGGAGUUUUUGAGCUCAGCACCGUUUACUUUUGAUUCGUUUAUCAAGUGAGCGUGCGAAGGGACGGUUAUGUUAACCACCGUACUGCGAUACCCUGCUUCGUUAGAAAUGUUUGGAAACUUGGAUCUCGACGCGACAAAAGAUUCUCUGUAUAAAAGAUAGCGCGACAGUGAGAGCGCCGUUACUGCGAGCCGGAGUCUAACAGUUCACAGCUUCGAGCUCGCUCGAAGACUCUUUUAGACGAUUCGUUUUUAACUCAAGGCCCGUACACGUGUACAAAACUGUGAUAAUGGUAGCGAAUGGAGUCCGAAAUGACACCAGAAAUAACUCGAUCUCAGGAGUGUUUACUAAUGAAACGCGUAUUCCAAAUAACGACGGGCCAGCUGACUACGAAAAAGCGAUCGCAGCGACGGGUUUCGGCACGUAUAAUAUUGUUCUCUUACUGGCAACGAUACCGGCCGGCUUGGCGAGCAAUUUCGAUGUGACGACGGCGGCAUUUAUCUUGGCAUCUGCCGAAUGCGACCUUGAACUCACCUUAAUACGAAAGGGAGCCUUGGUCUCUGCGGUUUACAUCGGAAUGAUCGUCAGCUCCUUCUUCUGGGGUUUCCUUACGGACAAUGCGAGCAGAAAACCUUUUUUUAUCCUUGGUUUGUUGGCUGACGUGUGCUGCAAUAUUCUAAGCACGACGGUCGACUCUUACCAGUUUUUUUUCCUCAUUAAAUUUAUCACCGGUACGAUUGUCAGUGGACCAUUUGCUCUGUUGGUCCCUUAUCUUGCAGAAUUUCAGCCGUUAUCUCGUCGCGCUAAGUUCGUCGGUUGGACUGGGUUUAUUUAUGGAUUUGGAAAUAUAAUUCCAGCUUUUAUUGGAGCGAUCGUUCUGCCAAUGGCGUCGCUAAGCUUUACCGUGUUCGAUCAUUCGUUCAACGUCUGGCGUAUCUACAUACUUAUUUGCACAACGCCAGCGAUCCUCGGUCUCGUGACUAUGAGCUUUUUGCCAGAGAGUCCAAAGCAACUUAUGAACAACGGGCAAACGGAGGAGGCUCUUGAACUGAUGAGGAAGAUGUACGCGAUGAACACGGGGAAUCCGCGGGAAACAUUCCCUAUAAAAAGCAUCGUCGCAGAUACGAAAUCAAUGAUGGACAGAAACAAAAGUAAUUUCGAGAAAAUACGAGACAGCUGGAUCGAUUUUAAAACACUCACACAAUCUCCGUACCUCGGAACGUUUUUCGUCAUCAGUUUUCUCCAAUUCGGCAGCAUGUUAGGAUUCAACACGAUGAGGCUGUGGGUACCGCACAUGUUCAUGAUAAUAAACAACUUUGAUUACACGCUGUGGGAUUGGUCGCGUGGUAUGCCAACCAUGUGCGAAAUGUUGAUACCGGGUGUAGUGCCGCCGGGAUUGGACGAUCCUACCAUUUAUGCAAAUAUCACGGACACCUGCAUUCGGUGGCGCAUCAAUCCCAUAAUAUACGUAAACUCGACGAUCAUAGCUGCCUCCGCAGUUGGAUUUUCUUUCUUCAUUGUCAGACAGCUUGACACGAGAAUUAAAAAAAAAGCCAUACUACUCGCGGGUUUCGUUAUAGGAACAAUUAGCGGAUUCGGGGCAAAUUGGGCGCAACUAGUGCCCAUAAUACUGUGCCUGUGCUCGAGCAUUGCCGUUGUCUCGAGAAUAACGGGUAACAUAGUUAUCGCCAUUAACGCCACCGUCAUUCCAGCCCAGUUAAGGGCAACUUCAACGAGCUUCGUCACGAUGAUCGGGAGCCUCGGCACCGUCGUAGGUAAUCUAAUUUGGUCGACGCUUCUUGGCCUCGAUUGUGUCGUCGCUCUCAUGUGGAUCGGUUCUUCCCUCUUACUCUGUGUCUUCGUCGCUCUAUUCGCCUUGAAACCACCGACAGAAUUACCCGAGCCAGAACCGGACGAACCCAAAAUGGUGACUAGAUUUUGACGGGACUUAGUUUAGAUUUUAGAAUCUCCAAGGGACACUUUUCAACCAAGAUUUACUUUGUACACGCAACUGUCCUAGCUUAGUACCCAAACAAAUUUGUACAUAGCUUUAUCGGUGACGACGAAUUACUGAGUCAAUCCGGACCACUGAACGUCCAGAUGCACCUAGGAAGGAAUUACGAUCAUGAGCGUGGGGAACUAGAGCAAUAGAAGAUUGAAAAGACCACUGCCUUCGAUCGUAAUAAUUGUGAAAAAGUAUUCGUUACGAGAAAAGUAACGUUUUUUCUUUCGAACUUUUGUGACGUUUUCCAUAGCACGAUUGGUCAUGUUUUCCAAGCCAAAACUCGAUGGUACUUGAUAGGAAAACUUAGAGUAAUAGUUCAGAUUAUGGAAAAAUAAUUGAGGGAGUUCGAGAUGACGAAAGUUUGUACUUAUCGAUGGCAAAAAAUUGCCAUUUCAAGAUAUCGCAUCGAAUGGAAGAGAAAACGAUUAAGUGACAAAGGAUUAGUUCCCGUAGGAGCAGAGAAAACGUCCCUGCGAGUCGUCCUCGUCGUCGUCUGUAUAUAUAAUUGCCAAGAGUUUGCAAACCUCGAGUUUCAUUCCCUAUCGAAAUUAGGAUCUAUCGGUGUGUACCUCAACGGUUAUCCAUCCAUCGAAAUCUCGGCACGAUCCGAUUUCCUAUCGAAACUUACAACCUCGCGAACCGAGCUCAACUCGACACGACAAUGAACUUCUCGUCAAAUUCAAUUACCAAGUAGAACAAUAAAUCCAACUCCUAUUAAGAUUCACGAUUCCAAUCUUAAAAUAUUAACGAUUGCAAUACUCUUGAGGAAGAUCAAUUUUUACAAUACCUCUUUACGACUAUACCAAUGCCAAUGUGCGUUCUACAGAAUCAAUAAAAUGUUAUUUUUCUAUUUA